AACAUGUGUUUGGAUUCCCACUCUCCUCUCCCCUUCACGCCCUUCUGAAGAGAUUAGUGCAAACUGCAACAAGCCACCUCCCUCCCAAAGAACUGACCUUGCUGGGGGCGAUGGCAGAGGUUACUUAUAGGGUGACAAUGAAGAGUCUUUGCAGCACUGGAGGCCACCUGCCUGCUCGCAGACCAAACUGUAUGUGCAGCAAGACUAAGACCUUCCCACCAAAGGCUCCAUCAAAGAAGGAACAACAAGAAUUUUGGUUCCGAUUCACUACAAGGCAACUACACAGUAAGAGUUUUUUAGCUGCUGAAACAUGGAAGCCAAAGUGUCAGAAGGAGGUCUAAAUGUAACACUGACUAUCCGCCUGCUAAUGCAUGGCAAGGAAGUUGGAAGCAUUAUUGGCAAGAAAGGAGAAACCGUGAAGAAAAUGAGGGAAGAGAGUGGUGCUCGCAUUAACAUCUCAGAAGGGAACUGCCCAGAGAGAAUUGUAACAAUCACGGGGCCCACAGAUGCCAUUUUCAAGGCCUUUGCCAUGAUUGCUUAUAAGUUUGAGGAGGACAUUAUCAACUCGAUGAGCAACAGCACUGCUACCAGCAAGCCACCUGUCACUUUGCGAUUGGUGGUACCAGCGAGCCAGUGUGGAUCCUUGAUUGGGAAAGGUGGCUCUAAGAUAAAAGAGAUCAGAGAGUCUACAGGAGCCCAGGUGCAGGUGGCUGGUGACAUGCUGCCCAAUUCUACUGAGCGGGCAGUGACCAUCUCUGGCACCCCUGAUGCCAUCAUCCAGUGUGUGAAGCAGAUAUGUGUGGUGAUGUUGGAGUCCCCACCAAAAGGUGCCACAAUCCCUUACCGUCCAAAACCCGCUUCCGCCCCUGUCAUUUUUGCAGGUGGUCAGGUAAGAGCGGACCCGCUGGGUGCCUCCACUGCCAACCUCAGCCUAUUGCUGCAGCACCAGCCUCUGCCCGCCUAUUCUAUCCAAGGACAAUACGCCAUUCCUCACCCUGAUCAGUUGACCAAGCUUCACCAGUUGGCCAUGCAGCAAACCCCCUUUACUCCCCUCGGACAGACCACCCCUGCUUUCCCUGGAGAAAAGCUGCCCUUACAUUCUUCUGAAGAAGCUCAAAACUUGAUGGGCCAAUCAGCAGGUAUGGAUGCCAGUUCCCAGGCAAGUACUCAUGAACUCACCAUACCCAAUGAUCUAAUAGGCUGCAUAAUCGGACGACAAGGGACCAAAAUCAAUGAAAUUCGACAGAUGUCUGGGGCACAAAUCAAAAUUGCCAGCGCCAUGGAAGGGUCAGCAGAGCGUCAGAUCACCAUCACUGGGAGCCCAGCUAAUAUCAGCCUUGCACAGUACCUCAUCAACGCCAGGCUGACGUCUGAGGUUACUGGGAUGGGCGCACUGUAACUUGGCCUUGAGUCUUCUUUCUCUGACCCUUUCUGACCACUGCUGGCUGUUUUUUGUUCAACCAUAGGAUUAAAUGCUUUACUCUACUUCAUCUUCCCCCCAUUCAAAAUUACAUGCGCCUGUGUUAUAAAUGCAGGUUACACACCAAAGCUGCUAACUGAAACAUAUAUAUAUAUAUAACAUUCACCCACCAAAUACACAUUAUUUUUACUUAUUUCUGUGCACUGUGAGUCCAUAGCGAUAAAGCUUAUUGCUUGGUUGCUUGGGCAGAUGGCAUGACUUUCUCUAGGAGGCAGACAAAUUCACAAAUGAUCCUACGUUGAACUUAACGAACCCGGAUAAUGAAGUAUAUAAAUACUGUAUACCUGCAUUUAGCUCAGACACUAUUACAAAUAUGCCCAUACUUAGUCCAAUGUAUGCUACAGUGGGCAUAGGUGGCACUGUGAAUACAGACACACAUUUGCAGAACAGAAUGAAAUAAUGAAUGUAGCCCCAAGCUCCAUUUCAGCGUUGAUGUGUGUAUAAGCAAUGCCAAUAGGGGCAGAUUAAGAGGCAGCAGGAUUAUUGUAAAAUAGAUGCUCCUUUAAUACCCAUGUGCCCUACUUGCAUUCUGUGUAUGGACUUUGCAUGUACACAGGCCCUGGACUUGGCAUGGGAUGUAGGCUGUAGUUACAUUUGUACAGACCUGGUGUAUAGCAUGCUCACUGUAUAUUAUAUGUGUUAUUGGGGAACAUUAUGCUUCUCAUAAGCACAUACAGGAGCCCUGCUUAUAUAGCAGUAUUGCUUCUUAAAUGUAGAAUGCCCACUAAGAAAUGCCAGUGUACCAACCAGCUGGAAUGAGAGGAGGCAGUCACAUGCUAAGCAGUGUAUAAUCCAGGGAUCCUCCAGAUGUGCACCCAUUACAGUUCCCUAUAAAAACUACUGUAUUGGAUAAUACAGAAUUUACUUUUUUCUUGUUUUUUUCUUUCGAAACAACAUCCCCCAGGACUGUACAAACAGUUACCUCUCUACCAACUUUGCCAGCUGUAAAUACCUUCCUUACCAGCCCCAAACCGUCCAUGGGAUGUCUUGCCAAACUUCUAUUCACAGCAUUUACUCCCAAAUGCCCCCUUCAUGUAUAUAGAAUACCGAACCCCCUAAGUACAGGGACUCCUAUCCUUUAACCCCUAUAAUGCAUUCGUACAUCACCUUCUACCCCUGCCCUUCCCCUCUUUAUAUAGGUAACUUCCCUCUGAUCCUAGCAGAUUUCUGAUUUUAGUGCAUUAUGUUUCAUUGCUAGGGCUGCCUAGGCUUCACGUGUCUCUCUUGUGGAAUGGAUCUUAGUUUAUUUAAGGAUGAAUUGUACAGUAAUGUUUUCUUGCUAGUGUGAGAUUAAUCAUGUGUAUGCAGUUGAUGAAAUAUUUAUUCGAAGUCUGAUGAUAUAUAUUAUACCAUUUGUGCUCA